GCCCGAAAGUAGGCGGAAGCCAAAGUGUGGCACUCAGGAGGAAGGCACAUAGACUGAUGUACACAUCGGCUGAUGCUGACACUUUCAGAUGUACAGAGACGGUCACACGCAUGCACGUGGGGCUCACACACACGCACACAUAGGACGCGCAGAUUAUCAACAGUGAAAUGAACAACGUUAGCAAGAAGUCAAUUUAAGCCACGCACACCUGCCUUCAUUCCUGCAGUACGGUAUCCAGGACAGAGGUUAAAGGAAAAGCCCGUGGAGUGAGUCAAGGGAAAGAUGUCUACUAGUCCCGUACCGGUCAUCUACGGGGGAGACGACGUCAACCCGGACACCUGUGGAUCCAUGCCAUCCAAGGCGGACUCACUGCAACCAAGUCAAAGCAGCGAGGAGACAGUGGUUUUGAAGAAGAAGGUGAAUCUGUUGAGAGGCAUAUCCAUUAUAAUCGGGACGAUCAUCGGCGCCGGGAUCUUCAUCUCUCCCAAGGGGAUCCUGCAACACACCGGCACGGUGCCAAUGGCCCUGGCGAUGUGGACUGCCUGCGGCAUCCUGUCGCUGUUCGGAGCACUGUCAUAUGCUGAACUUGGAACAAGUAUACCUAAAUCGGGUGCACAUUACACGUAUAUCCUGGAAGCCUUUGGUCCACUGUCCGCUUUUGUUAGAGUCUGGGUGGAACUGAUCAUCAUAAGACCUGCCUCCACUGCUGUUAUAUCUUUGGCAUUCGGUCAGUACGUAUUGCAACCAUUAUUUAUGCCAUGUGGAGUUCCAGAGAUUGCGGUUAAGAUCACCACCACGAUUGGAAUCACUGCGAUAAUGUACAUUAACAGCAUGAGUGUCAGCUGGUCUGCGCGGCUGCAGAUCUGUCUAACAUUCUUCAAACUUGGUGCCAUUUUAAUAAUCAUCAUCCCUGGAAUGGUGCUGUUAUGCAAAGGGGAAACACAUAACUUUCAUCAACCUUCCCAUCAAAAAGAAGUUAGUCUUUCGGGACUUCCUUUGGCCUUUUAUUCUGGAAUGUAUGCAUAUGCAGGAUGGUUUUACAUGAAUUUUGUCACAGAAGAAGUAGAAAAUCCUGAAAAAAAUAUACCUCGUGCUAUCUGCAUUUCAAUGGUGGUGGUCACUGUUUGCUAUAUUUUAACAAAUGUAGCCUAUUUUGCCGUAAUGAGUCCUGAAGAGCUUUUGGCCUCUGAUGCAGUAGCUGUGACCUUUGCAGAACGACUGAUGGGAAAAUUCUCUGUAGCAGUGCCAAUUUUCGUAGCUCUUUCCUGCUUUGGCUCUAUGAAUGGAGGUAUCUUUGCAGUUGCCAGAAUGUUUUUUGUUGCUUCACGAGAAGGUCACCUUCCAGAAAUUCUGUCCAUGAUCCAUGUUCGUAAACACACACCUCUUCCUGCUGUUAUUGUGUUGUAUCCUCUAACGGUCCUCAUGCUGUUUGUGAGUGACCUCUACAGUCUAUUAAACUUUCUGAGCUUUGCCCGAUGGCUGUUCAUUGGGCUGGCAGUGACUGGUCUGAUCUACUUGCGGCACAAACGUCCGGACAUGCAUCGCCCAUUUAAGGUGCCUCUGUUCAUCCCAGUUUUCUUUGCUUUAACUUGUUUCUUCAUUGUUGCCCUGUCACUCUACUCUGACCCCAUCAAUACUGGCAUUGGAUGUGCCAUCACACUAACUGGUAUUCCUGCCUACUAUCUGUUUGUCGUGUGGGACAAUAAGCCAAAGUGGUUCAGAAGACUGAUGGGUUCAAUGACUAGGACUCUCCAGAUCAUCCUGGAGGUUGUGCCAUCUGAACAACAUAAAGACUGAGGAGGUCCUUUGGUGGGCAAGCUGCAGAGUGUUUCGAAUACUGAGACUGCAGACAUCAACAAAAUGGCAGUCUUUCCAACAAAGCCAUUCACUUGAAUCCUAAAUCUUCUCCAAAGUUUCAUCAAAUGAUUGGGAUCUUUUGUGGCCCAGAAAUCAUGUGCUGGGGAGUUAUCCUUGUCCCUUGCCAGUUGUGUACAGUUCUUUAUGCCAUUUCUCUCAGGGGUGGGUUUGAUCUAGUUGUGAUCUUACAGCAAAAUUAUGGCAAGAGAUGAGGAAAACCAAACCAUCACACCCAUCCACAAUCCCCAUAACAAACUGAAAACUGGUAUUUAUUAAUAUGGUCUAAUUUUUAUAGAGGCAUAAAAUUAAAGUUUGUACAAAAACCAACACAGCUAUGCUGGUGAUGUGGAUGCGCUUAAUAUACAUAUAGACUAUGUGAUCACAUACUAUUGAUACUUCUCUAAAGGCCUUACUAAGACAUGCAUUGAUGUGUCUCAAUCAUAAACUGGAUUAUAUUUAUGACAUGAGCUGCUGGGAUUAUUGUGAUGAUCAGAAUCUAUUUUUGCUAAUAUUUGCCUUUAAGAAAACUUUAAACUUUCAUAUUUCAGUUAAAUUACAAACCUUCCCUCUGUAGGAACCUCUGUUAUUUUGGCAGAAAUUGCACUUUCUGGCACUGAAUUCUGGAGAUAACAUUACCAGUUCCCACUGAUAACAAAUGACACUCGCAGGAGCCCAAAAUGGAAAUGGACAAUCAUUGGAUACUGUUUGCACAAACAGCUAUAUGUAAUAUUUUCCAAGGAAGUUCCUACAGCUUCCCACCAGAGGAACUGCCACAGAAUUACAGGGCCUUUAUGUUAGCUUGUUAAGCGCACAUAUUGCUAAUGGAAUGAUCUGCUCUUCAAACUGCACUGUGAGUCACUGCUUUACAAAUAAUUAUAGGUCCACUGGAAAGUCCUGUCUUUGCUGCUUCAGUGGUCAGAAGUAAAACUGAUCCUCAACUGUGCCAGAUGCCUUGAUUCCACAUCAGUGGGCUGAUCUACACUCCAUUCAGCUUUUGUUCUGUUGACUUCAAUUUUUUUAGCCCAAUGCACUCAGUGUAUUAUCCCUCGAAGGUAGACAAAAAAGCUGGAGAAAUUCAGCGGGUGAGGCAGCACCUAUGGAGCGAAUGAAUAGGUGACAUUUUGGGUCAAGGACCUUCUUCAGAGACACAUUCCUUCGGUCCAUAGAUGCUGCCUCACCCGCUGAGUUUCUCCAGCUUUUUUGUCUACCUUCAAUUUUUCCAGCAUCUGCAGUUCUUUCUUAAACAUAUUAUCCCUCAAUAUAAUUUCAAGGCUCUGACGUGUAACUUGUUUCUCCAGACUUUUAAGAAUGAAGGGAUUUCUGCUACCACUGUUCAAUUUCUGAGCCAAUGUAUUUCUCUUUCUUUUCCCCCAAGCAAUUAUACUUUCCCAAUAGCCCAGCAACAUUUUUGCUCUUUUUUCUAGCUGCUCAGAAGUUAACCAACAUAAUUUGGCCCACUGCAUCAUCUUUCAUUCUUAUUCCUCAAAAUGUCAUGUCAUUUUACACUUGCUGGCAAAACAUCUAGAAACUAAGCUCAGAAAGGACUGAUAACAAAGUAACAGAAGGCAGUGGGAUGUUGGUGGUGUGAGGUGCUGAGAAGUAGGUAGCAGUUGCUUCACUAAUUGUGGUGAGAAAAUAGACGUCAGUGCAAGAUUACAAAUCAAUGAUAGAUAUAACUCAUUUAUCAUCUUUUGUAAACACUCUUUAACAGGAACUUUUGAUCAGAAAUAUGCAGAAAGAAGAUUAUUUUGCACAAGUGCAAAUGUUAAUUGGUGUUUUGAAUAAAUAGUAGAACCAUGUAUUUGCAGAGGUUUCCUCACUUUGGUCAUGUUUUAUAGAGAGCAGGAGGGGGAAAUGGUAUGAACUAAAUAAAGUAAUUUGUUAAAGUAAUGAUUCUUUUGUUUCUGUUCAUUAAAUAACAAUAUUGAAAAAAUUCUAGCACCCGGUGGCUACUGGUUUAAUAGUUUUAAACAUGAGAAAUUAGACACAUAUUUUAUGUAUCUCACGUGACAACUUCUUCAAUCCAGGAAUUAUCCUACAGGUAGUCCUUCAAACUGCUCAUUGGGCAAAGCGAUAUUACUUAGAAAAUGCAGCAUGUUUAAUCUAUCACACACUUACUCAGUCGGAAGAAGGGUCUUGACCCGUAUUGUCACCCAUUCCUUCUCUCUAGAGGUGCUGCUUAUCCUGCUGAGUUACUCCAGCAUUUUGUGUCUAUCUUCGGUUUAAACCACAUCUACAGUUCCUUCCUACACACACUUGUAUUCAUCAUGUAUUCAAAAAUUAUGCCAUGUUUUUAAAUGUGCAUAAUUGUUGGAAAAUGAGUCCAGAAAGUUGUACUGCAGAUUUUUCAGAUAGUGAAACGUCUCACGUUCCAGAAAGGUUUGCAAGACCAUGGAGACAGUGCAUAGGAGAUUUAUUAAAAUGAUUUCCAAAGAAUACAG